AUCAGUUUUUUGUCCCACCAGUCCUUCCUCAGCUUGGACACGUUACCACUUCUUACAUAUCAGAACAAGAAAUUCAAAAGAAUCCAAAAUGCCCGUCCGAACGGCCUUGCUUUAUCUCAUCCUGAGUGUCUCGGCGCUUGUCGGUCUUGGCUCGGCCGCCCCGUCUUCGACCCAAGACGCCUUAGACCACUCCCAUGCCAUCAUGCAAGCAAAGCGGAACGAACUCGCCGUAUCGGACAAGAAUCUUAAGAAGAGUCGCGACGCUUCCAGCGUCGCUAGAAGUGGGGAUCCUGAUAACCUUCCCGGUCGCGAUCCACCCAAGCCCCCGGUAUAAACUUGAGGGAGGAUAGCCAAGGAUAUCGAGAUUAAUACAUACAGCUUGAAAACCCAAGGAACAAUAGUGUUGGGGUUUGACGGAUAUCAGGGAUGGACUGAAAGAUCCAAUGAAUCCUAUGUCCACUAUGGCACUGAGAAUAUGUAUGAAAGAAAUACAAGCAGAAACGUGAGCCC